AUGCAUGAUGGCAAAGUCUGUUCAAAGUUGGGCUGUUCUGGUGUGGUCCGGGAGGGCAGCAAUAUGCGUUUUAGUGCCUGCUUGAUUGUAUCACUGCAAAUACUGCUGCUGUGCUUUUCCCAGCUGGCCUUCCUAUUCUGCAACUGGGAUGACUACAGCGAGGAAAUUAUAGGGUCACAUUGUAGAGAGGACUUCGUGCCAUGGAUGACAUGGGGACUUUACCCACCUAACAUGUGCUAUGAUAUGGUCAAUAUGAAAGCCUUUUUAUGUGCCACCCUCCGGCCCAGGGUGAAAGCUGAGUCUCUUGGCUUGCGAGCACUGGCAGAAUGCUUCUUCUCAUCCGUUUUCCUGGUUCCUCCCUGUGGCCGGAAUCCAAAGCAGGAAGGCAGACGGGCUGGAAAAGCAGAGACUCCUGGGAGAGUUGGUUCUCAAGGUUCUGAUUUAGAUUCUUCCGCAACUCCUAUAAACACUGUGGAUGUCAAUAAUGAAAGCUCUUCAGAGGGCUUCAUAUGUCCCCAGUGCAUGAAGUCUCUUGGAUCUGCUGAUGAGCUUUUCAAACACUACCAGGCAGUUCAUGAUGCUGGCAAUGAUUCAAGCCAUGGAGAGGCUGAGCUUGCUCUGCAGAGAGAUGAUAUAACACUACUCAGACAAGAGGUCCAAGACCUACAGGCUUCACUUAAGGAAGAAAAAUGGUACUCAGAAGAAUUAAAGAAAGAAUUAGAAAAAUAUCAAGGGCUGCAGCAACAAGAGGCUAAACCUGAUGGAUUGGUGGCUGAUUCAUCAGCAGAACUACAGUCUUUGGAACAGCAGUUAGAGGAAGCUCAGACAGAAAAUUUUAAUAUUAAGCAGAUGAAAGAUUUAUUUGAACAGAAAGCAGCCCAACUUGCUACUGAAAUUGCAGAUAUAAAGUCAAAAUAUGAUGAAGAAAGGAGUCUUCGGGAAGCUGCUGAACAAAAAGUGACACAUCUGACAGAUGAAUUAAACAAAGGAGCAACUGUAAUUCAAGAUCUGAAGACUGAACUGCUUCAAAGGCCUGGUAUAGAAGAUGUUGCUGUGCUAAAGAAAGAACUGGUCCAAGUUCAAACACUAAUGGAUAAUAUGACCUUGGAGCGUGAGAGAGAAUCUGAAAAACUCAAAGAUGAGUGCAAAAAGUUACACGCUGAACAUGCUAACUCAGAGAUGCUAAAAUUUGAGGCCACAAUAAGCCAACUAAGGAGUGAGCUUGCCAAAGGUCCUCAGGAAGUUGCUGUAUAUGUGCAAGAACUACAAAAGCUUAAAAGUUCAGUUAAUGAAUUAACACACAAAAAUCAGAACUUGACAGAAAAAUUGCUGAAGAAAGAACUGGAUUAUACCCAGUUAGAGGAAAAGCAUAAUGAAGAGUCUGUGAGUAAGAAGAAUAUACAAGCAAGCCUUCAUCAAAAAGACCUCGAUUGUCAGCAGCUGCAGUCAAGGUUGUCUGCAUCAGAAACCUUUGUGCAGAGGAUACAGGCAGAACUAAGUGAAAAGGGAGAGGCUGCACAAAAGCUCAAAGAAGAGUUAUCUGAAGUGGAGACCAAACACCAGCAUCUCAAGGCAGAGUUUAAGCAACUACAACAACAGAGAGAAGAAAAGGAGCAGCAUGGGUUACAGCUCCAAAGCGAGAUUAAUCAAUUACAUAGCAAACUUCUGGAGACUGAACGCCAGCUAGGGGAAGCUCACGGUCGACUUAAGGAGCAGAGACAGCUUUCAAGUGAAAAAUUGAUGGAUAAAGAACAACAAGUAGCUGACUUACAACUCAAACUUUCUCGUUUGGAAGAACAGUUUAAGGAAAAAGUAACGAAUUCUACAGAGUUGCAGUAUCAAUUAGAUAAAACAAAACAACAGCAUCAAGAACAACAAGCUCUUCAACAAAGUACUACAGCCAAACUACGAGAAGCUCAGAAUGAUUUGGAACAAGUCCUACGUCAAAUUGGUGAUAAGGACCAAAAGAUCCAGAACCUUGAAGCAUUAUUACAGAAGAGUAAAGAAAGCAUUUCAUUACUAGAAAAAGAAAGAGAGGAUCUUUAUGCAAAAAUCCAGGCUGGUGAAGGAGAGACUGCUGUUCUUAACCAGUUGCAAGAAAAAAAUCAUACACUACAGGAGCAAGUAAUUCAAUUAACAGAGAAGCUGAAGAAUCAGUCAGAAAGCCAUAAACAAGCCCGGGAGAAUUUACAUGACCAGGUACAAGAGCAGAAGGCGCAUCUCAGAGCUGCACAAGACCGCGUCCUUGCCCUUGAAACCAGUGUCAGUGAAUUAAAUAGUCAGUUAAAUGAAAGCAAGGAGAAGGUCUCCCUGCUUGACAUGCAGAUUAAAGCCAAAACUGAAUUAUUGCUAUCAGCAGAAGCAGCAAAAACUGCUCAAAGAGCAGAUCUUCAGAAUCAUUUGGAUACAGCUCAAAAUGCUUUACAAGAUAAACAGCAGGAGUUAAAUAAAGUCAUAACUCAGUUGGAUCAAAUCACUGCAAAGUUACAAGAUAAGCAGGAACAUUGCAGUCAGUUGGAAAGUCAUCUUAAAGAAUAUAAAGAGAAACACCUUUCUUUAGAACAAAAAACCGAAGAGCUAGAAGGUCAAAUUAAGAAACUAGAAUCUGAAACUCUUGAAGUGAAAGCAAGCAAGGAACAAGCUUUGCAUGACCUUCAACAGCAAAGACAGCUGAGCACAGAUUUGGAGCUGAAGACCACAGAAUUGAGUAAGCAGCUUGAAAUGGAGAAAGAAAUAGUAUCCAGAACAAAAUUAGAUCUACUGAAAAAUUCUGAGACUCUUGAAACUCUUAAGCAAAUGCUUACCAAGGAAGAGGAGGAAAAUGCUGUCCUGAAACAAGAAGUUGAAAAGUUAAAUCACGAUUUAAAGAUGCAGCAAGAGGAACUGAGUAACAGCAUUCGAACAACACAGACUGAACUAAAGGAAGUAAAAAUGGAGAAAGAAAUGCUAAUGACAGAACUUGCUGCAGCAAAAGACAAAUUAUUAAAAGUAUCUGAUUCCUUGAAAAGCUCCAAACGUGAAUUUGAAAAGGAGAACCAGAAAGGAAAAGCUGCUAUAUUAGAUUUGGAAAAAACUUGCAAAGAAUUAAAGUAUCAACUUCAAGUUCAGACAGAAAGCUCACAAAAGGAACAGAAUGAACUAAAGAAUUCACUUGAAAAAGAGAAGGAGGCUUCUCAUCAGUUGACAUUGGAACUCAGUUCAACUAAGGAACAAGUUAUAGAGGCUCAAAAUACUUUAAAACUAAAAGAAAAAGAACAGCAACAACUUCAGGGGAACAUAAAAGAGCUAAAGCAGUUGAUUGAACAGAAGAAAAAGCAAACAGAAGCACUCCAAGGAGAAGUUAAAACUGCUGUUUCACAGAAGGCAGAGCUUGAGAAUAAAUUACAGCAACAGUCAGCGCAAGCAGCACAGGAACUUACAGCAGAGAAAGAGAAGAUAUCAGGCUUACGAAAUACUUAUGAAAAAUGCCAGGAAAAUCUAAAACAGCUUCAAUCUGACUUCUAUGGGAAGGAGUCUGAACUUCUAGCCACGAGGCAAGAUCUUAAGUCUGUAGAAGAGAAGCUUUCUCUAGCACAGGAGGACUUGAUUUCAAACAGAAAUCAAAUUGGAAACCAAAAUAAAUUGAUUCAAGAACUAAAGUCUGCCAAAGCUACUUUGGAGCAGGAUUCAGCAAAGAAAGAGCAACAGUUGAAGGAACAGAGUAAAGCACUACAAGAAACGCUAAAAGAAAAGUCAGUGAAAGAAAAAGAACUAGUGAAUGAAAAAUCUAAAUUGGCAGAGAUAGAGGAAAUUAAGUGUAGACAAGAAAAAGAAAUCACUAAAUUAAGUGAAGAACUGAAGUCUCACAAACAAGAAAGUAUAAAGGAGAUAACAAAUCUCAAGGAUUCGAAACAGCUUUUGAUUCAACAGAAAUUAGAACUUCAAGGAAAAGUAGAUUCCCUGAAGGCAGCUCUGGAGCAGGAGAAGAGAAACCAGCAGAUGCUGAAAGAACAGCUGAAAAAGAAAGAAGAUGAACUAAAGAAAGAAUUUAGUGAGAAGGAAGCUAAACUGCAUUCUGAAAUAAAAGAAAAGGAAAUAGGAAUGAAGAAACAUGAAGAAAAUGAGGCUAAGUUUACCAUGCAGAUCACAGCAUUGAAUGAAAAUUUAGGCACUGUAAAGAAGGAGUGGCAAUCUAGUCAACGGAGAGUUAGUGAGCUGGAGAAGCAAACAGAUGACUUACGGGGUGAAAUUGCAGUGUUAGAAGCCACCGUUCAGAAUAAUCAAGAUGAAAGGAGAGCACUACUAGAAAGGUGCCUUAAAGGAGAAGGAGAAAUAGAAAAGCUUCAGACCAAAGUACUAGAGUUGCAAAGAAAGCUGGAUAAUACAACUGCAGCAGUGCAGGAGCUAGGCAGGGAAAACCAGUCCCUACAGAUCAAACAUACACAAGCACUGAAUAGAAAAUGGGCUGAGGACAAUGAAGUACAAAACUGUAUGGCCUGUGGGAAAACCUUUUCAGUUACAGUAAGACGGCAUCACUGCCGACAGUGUGGAAACAUCUUCUGUGCUGAGUGUUCAGCCAAGAAUGCCUUAACCCCUUCCUCCAAGAAGCCUGUCCGCGUCUGUGAUGCAUGCUUCAAUGACUUGCAAGGGUAAUGGUUAGCGCAGCUUCAUGGCUGUCUUACGCUACGUUA